CACCCGCUGUGCGCUGCGAUCACAGGAGGAGCGGCUGAGAGAGCGCAAGGGCAUCUGCAAGACACCUGCAGGCACCAACGUCUCAUUCAGCUGCGGCCCCGGUGCAGGAGGAGCUGAGCAUUGCGAAGCCUUUGGCACCUAAGCCCUGGGUUUGGCAGCAACGGGAGGAAGCAGCUGUGGGGCAGGGAAGCGUUCCAGUGUCUGCGGGUCAUUCAACAUGAAUGUGGCUAUUCUCUUCCUCCUGGGGCUGGGGCUGUUGGAGGCAGAAUGCAGGUGCUUCUUCAACCACACUCAGGAGCACUGUGUGUGCUACAACCUGUCCCAGGAAAGUGCCAGCAGCAUCAUCCAGUGCCUCCCAGCCUCUGUCGUGGAGUUUCGGGGGGGAGACCUGGAGAGAUAUGUAGACUUCCCCAUCAGUGACCCGGACUCCUCUGCCAUUGAGAUGCUGGACUCCCUGGUAUUCAGGAAGAUCAUCUUUGGUGAUCUCCUGGUGCCCGAGCUACUCCUCGCCCGAGUGCUGAGGUUCUUCUCCUACACCCACAUCCGGGAGCUGGUGUUUGACAGCUGUGUUUUUGAGGGCAGAGGCAAUUGGGACAGAAUGGCCGGCCAGGACUUGCCCAUAUUGUCCCUGCGCUUCCACAACGUGAGCUCUGCUGCACUGACAGGCCGCGAGCAGGACUUCUCCAGCCUGAGCAGCUUCCUUGGGGCUCUGCAGGAGCUGUCCAUCACCACCUCCCGCCUCACCAGCCUGCCCUGUGCCAUCGGGAGGCUCUUCACAGCCCUGCGCUCCCUGGACAUGGCACAGAACAGCCUUGGGGAUGAGAGCCUGAUGUCUGCUUUCUGCAGUGGGGCUUUCCCUCAGCUCCGGGUGCUGAGUCUGCAGCGCAACAACCUGACAUCCUACCACAGCGUGUGUGAGGGUGUGCAGCUGCUGCCGGAGCUCCAGCAUCUCGACCUCAGCCAGAACAAGCUCACGGCAGACCCAUCCUCUUCCUGCCAGUGGCCGCUGUCCCUCCGCAGCUUUAACUUGUCUGAUGCUGGCUUGGAAGAGGUCCUCACCCCUCUGCCCCCCAGCCUGGAAGUGCUGGACAUGAGCUGCAACCACCUCCACGCUGUAGACAUCUCCCUCAGCUCCUUGAAGAAGCUCUUCCUGAGCCAAAACAUGCUGGAGGCUGCGCCCUCCAUCAGGAAUUACCCCUUGUUGGACACCCUGCACCUGGACAACAACUCCAUCACGGAGCUGCCGUGGGAUGAGAUGAAGAACCUGCAGGACGUGGCUGCAGCCAACAACCCCUACACGUGCUCGUGCUCCGAGGCAGGGGGGCUGCAGGCGCUGGCAGCUGUGGGGCAGCUGCAGCAGGGCUGGCCCCAGCACUACAUGUGCCAUGCUCCCCCUCACUACCAGGGCAGGCUGGUGGAGGACGUGCCGGUCUCGGUGCUGCAGUGUAACAGUGCUGCUGUGGUUGUCCCCAUCUGCAUCAUCCUGGUCCUGAUUGCCGUGGUUGGAGCUGUUUGCUUGAUCAGAUCCAGACCUGGGCUCAUCCAAUCCUGCCCCAGAGCAUAAAGGGGACCCGUGAUCAUCCCCAUGGAGGCUGCAGGGCCAGGAGCUCUGUGGGAAGACUCACAGGACCCCCAUGUGCUGGUACAGGGCUCUCAGUGUUCCCGGUUGUUGUAGUUUAAGCCCAGCCAGCAACUGAACACCACAGAGCCACUCACCCCCUGCUGUGGGAUGGGAGGGAGAACUGGAAAACAGGUGUAAAACAUACGGGUUGAGGUAAGAGCAGUCUGAUGAUUGAAAUAAAAGUAAAAUAGAAUAAUAAUAAAAUGGGAAUAACAACAGU